AUGGGAAAGGGCCAGGCCUCCUCUGUGAAGAGCAGCCAAAGCCACAUAUCAAAGAAGGCCUGCACUUUACAGGAGGAUGGGGAGGGCUUGGUCAACUCUGAAUUUGUCCCACACAAUGCCAUUCACAAUGGGGAGAAGCCACGCAGGAGCACUGCAUGUGAUGAGGCCUUUCACACAGGACAAGGGGAUUACAAGUGCAGUGAAUGUGGGGAAGCUUUCAGCAACAAAGAAAAAUGUGUUCGGCACAAGAAAGUACACACAGAAGAAAAGUCCUGUAAGUGCACUGCAUGUGGGGAAUUAUUUAGCUACAGCUCAUACUUUUUGGUACAUGAGAAAACUCAUAGCAAAGCAACAACUUCUAAGUCCAAUAACCAUGGGGAAUGUUUUAGCUUCAACUCCAGCCCCAGAAUACACCAGGCAUCUCACGUGGGAUUAAGGCUUAAUGAGUAUGCUGAAUGUGGGAAAACUUUCAGCAGAAAAUACCACCUUGUUCAGCACUGGAGAUGUCAUACUGGAGCAAAACCUUAUGAGUGCAGUGAAUGUGGGAAAGCUUUUGGCCACAAAAAUACACUUAAGCAGCACCAGAAAACCCACAGUGGAGAAAGGCCUUUCGUGUGCAGCAGCUGUGGGAAGGCCUUUCUCCAUAAAGAUACUCUUGCUGACCAUGGGAAAAUCCUCACUAGAGAAAGGUCUUAUCUGUGUGAUAAAUGCUGGAAAAACUUUAGCCAACGUUCCUACUUGAAAAUACAUAAUAGAAUUCACAGUGGAACAAGGCCUUACCAGUGCAAUGAAUGUGGGAAAACCUACCCCAGUAAGCACCAGCUUACUCAACACAAGAAAGUUCACAGCACAGCAAGGCCUACAGGUAAUGUGAAUGAGGGAAAUUCUUUGGUGGCAACUCCAGCUUCAGUAUACACCGGAGACAUAACACCAGAGCAAGACCUUACAUGUUUAGCAAAUGUGGGAAAGCAUACAGAAGAUGCUCCCACCUUCCUUGACAUAUGA